CAUUACAAGUGAGGGAGCAACAAACCGUCUCACAGCACAAACCCAAUUUCGGAGCCUUUACAUUUCUGCCUUGGACAUCUCCACCGCAAAUGUGAUGCAGUCGCUCGCACAAGAAAUAAAAUCCUUCUCCAAAGCUAAUUUACGGAAACAAUGCACCAGAGUAACGACUUUGAGCGGCAGGCGGAUUAUUGAAACAUGGAAAGGUUCCACUGUACAGGUGGUUGAGGAAACAGUACAGCCGGAAACUGCAUGUGGAUAUGUUCAGGAUAAUAACUGGGAUCUUCAAGUUGGAUAUAUUAAACCAUAUCUAUUACUUGGGUCACAAGAUGCCGCUCAUGACUUUGGUACUUUGAGGAAAUAUAAGGUCACACAUAUAUUAAAUGUUGCAUAUGGUGUGGAAAAUGCCUUUCCUGACCUGUUCAUCUAUAAAACACUGAGCAUACUGGAUCUACCUGACACUGAUAUCAUAUCACAUAUCGAGGAGUGUGCACAAUUUAUAGAGCAGGCUAAAGCUGAGAAGGGAGUUGUACUUGUCCACUGCAAUUCUGGAGUUUCACGUUCUGUUUCGGUCGUCAUUGGAUAUCUGAUGUUGAAGGAAAAUCAGCUUUUUGGAGACACAUUUGCGCUGGUGAAGUCAGCUCGACCCGCCUCAUGUCCAAAUCCAGGUUUCAUGGAACAGCUGAAAAACUUCAGACCACAGGAUGCUACACAAGCAAACGGUUUGGGUCAUGAUUGA